UACCAGGAGAACAGGAUGUUGUAAGUAAAACUAAGAGACUUCUAGAGACAAACACCUUGCCUUAAGACUCCAGCAAGAGAAUGCAUUACAGAAGAGAGAAGACAAAGAGAGAUGAUCUCUCUUCUCCCUGUGAUGACUCAGCAAGAAGGCAACCGUCUGCAAGCCGGGAAGAUGGCUCUCACUGGAACCCAACUGUGCUGGCGCCCUGAUCUCUGACUCCCAGCAUCCAGAAAUGGACGGUGGUGUGCAGCGACCCCGACAUGACCCUGCCCCCCGCGUCCGUCCCUCCGGACACCUCCAGACUGCGCCUGGAGCGGACGGCCAUUCGCAAGGUGCCCGGAGAGGCCUUCAGGCCGCUGGGCCGCCUGGAGCAGCUGUGGCUGCCCUACAACGCCCUCAGCGAGCUCAGCGGCCUCAUGCUGAGGGGCCUGCGCCGCCUGCGCGAGCUGCGCCUGCCCGGGAACCGCUUGGCCGCCUUCCCCUGGGCGGCGCUCAGGGACGCCCCCCAGCUGCGGCUGCUGGACCUGCAGGCCAACCGCCUUUCGGCCGUGCCGCCCGAGGCCGCGCGCUUCCUGGGGAACCUCACCUUCCUCGACCUCUCCAGCAACCAGCUGCUGAGGCUCCCGCAGGAGCUGCUGGCCACCUGGGCUCACCUGCAGACCGGGCCCUUCCUUCCCGGCCACCACACCAGGCUGGUGCUAGGGCUGCAGGACAACCCCUGGGUAUGUGACUGCCGCCUGUAUGACCUAGCCCGUUUCCUGGAAGGCUGGGCCCCAAACCUGGCUUUCAUAGAGGCCAGGCUGAAGUGUGCCAGCCCGCGCAGCCUGGCCGGAGUGGCCCUCAGCCAGCUGGAACUGAGGAAGUGCCAGAGUCCGGAGAUCCGUCCAGGGGUAGCCAGCCUCAGGUCCCCUCUGGGCAGUGCAGUAUUGCUACGUUGUGGGGCCACCGGGGUCCCUGGGCCGGAGAUGAGCUGGAGGAGAGCCAACGGGUAUCCGCUCAACGGCACAGUGCACCAGGAAGUUGCCAGCGAUGGCACGAGUUGGACGCUGCUGGGCCUGCCUGCUGUGUCCCACCUUGACUCAGGAGACUACAUCUGCCAGGCCAAGAACUUCCUGGGAAUCUCUGAGACUGUCAUCUCCCUGGCCGUCACUGAGCCCCAGGCUUCCACAGAACACGGUGGGAGCCCAGGGGCACUGUGGGCAAGGACAGGUGAGGGGGCGGAAGCUGCCGCGUACAACAAGAUGGUGGCCAGGCAUGUCCCUGACAUUCCUGGACCUGCUGUCCUGGCCACUGGGCCCCCUGUGUCCAACAUGAAGGAGGAGCUGACCCUCCAGCACUUCCAGAUGGGGAUCCCAGGAGAACGCUCGAACGGGCAGGCGGGACGCCAGGAGACCCAGAUGGUGAGGUCUCUCAAGGUGGUGGGAGACACUUACCAGAGUGUGACCUUGGUGUGGAAGGCCCCCCAGGCUGGGAGCAUAACUACCUUCAGUGUCCUCUAUGCCGUCUUUGGGCAGCGCAGCAUGCGGAGGGUGGUUGUGCCGCCUGGAAAGACCAGCAUCACCAUCCGUGGGCUGGUGCCCAAGACCAAGUAUGUGGCGUGUGUCUGUGUGCGGGACCUGGUGCCCCAGAAGGAGCAGUGUGUCAUCUUCUCCACGGACGAGGUGGUAGACGCCGAGGCCACCCAGCGGCUCAUCAAUGUGGUGGUGAUCAGCGUGGCUGUUGUCAUCGCCCUGCCCCUCACCCUGCUUGUCUGCUGCGGUGCUCUGCGAAGGCGCUGCCGGAAGUGCCGUUCUGGGGGCUCCGCCGAGGCCUACGUCAACCUGGAGAGGCUGGGCCACAGCGAGGAUGGCUCUGAGGAGCUGUCCCAGCACAGCCUCAGUGAGGCCGACAGGCUCCUCUCGGCCCGUUCCAGCCUGGACUCUCAGGUCUUGGUGGGCAGGGGGGGCAGACGGAUCAAUGAGUACUUCUGCUGAGGGGGGUGCUCCCCUCCAGGUGCCCACACACCUGCCACGUCCACUUUCUGUCUUCCACUCUCACCUGCUUACUCUGACACCUGAGCCCACACUCACCCACUCUUGCCCACUUGGGUUCCUGCUUACUCAUACGUGUGCACACAGUGACAGCAGCUAACACUUAUUAAGCACUUACUAUGUGCCAGGAAGUGUUCUAAGUGCUUUACAUACACUGACUUGUUUAAUUCUUAUAACAACCCUUUGCAGAAGGCCCUCCCAUUUUCCUGGAGAAGAAACGGGGAUUAACCGACUUGCUUGUAUCAGUCAGUUUUUCCCAUGUAACAAAUAAAAGCAAAAUCUCAGGGGUAUGCAGCAACAGGCACUAUUUUCACCCAACCUACAGGUCUGUGGGUUGACCAGGGUGUCUCUGCUUCAUGAGUUCUAUUUGGGGCCCAGGAUGAAGAGUCAGUGGCUACUUGGGGCAGUCUUCUUUCUCGGAGAGGUCAGAUGAUAUCAGAGGAAUGAACAAAAAUAGGCAAUGUCUCUUAAUUGCUUGGCUUUAGAGCUGGCACAUUGCCAUUUCUGCCCGUAUUCUCUCUGCCAAAGCUAAGUCCCAUGGCCAAACCCAACUUUCAUGUGGCAUCAAAGGACAGCUCUGCCAGGGAGGUGAUGGGGGGCAGGAAAUAGUUUGCCGAGCCGUGAUCUAAUCCACUAUAUUGCCCACAAUGUACACACAACUAGAAGGUGGCAGUUCUGGAGUCAGGAUCAGGCAGUUGGUUCCAGGGUUGACAGUCCUUACCAUGCCCCUCUUCUGCAUCUUGAUUACAUUUAUGCUAACUCAUAGGCACUCACACACGCAGUCCCUUGAUGCAUUAGCCAAAUGUGUAUAGUCACACACACACACACACACACACACACACACACGCUGUGCCCUCACUGUGUACACUUAGGGAUUCUAACCUUUUUUUUUCUGGGUGCCAUUCUGCCUAGAGAUAAUCAUUUGAUUUCAAUAAAUUCAGUGAAUUGCAAUAAAUUUGAUUUGGAUGAUGCCCAAGAGACCACUGCUCAUUUACUCUCAGAUGUCAGGCUGGAGGAAUCUGAGAGACCCUCCGUAGUGGGCGACACAGUACACCCAAUGCUGUCUGGCACACAGCUCACCUCUGUUCCCAUGUAGCAGUCUUUGUUAGGAUUACUGACAUUACCUGCAUUCCUGAGGGUGUCUCAGGGCUUUCCCAGUUACUCAGUAGGCCACUUCAAGGUGGGAUUCCUGUUCAGUUUGCUUCAAGUUGGGAAGCCUCUGAGACACCUCUGUGAACAGGUGAAGAUGAAUGUUUCCAGCAGAAGGGUCAAUGUUGUGUCUUGUCUACAAGACCGGACUUUCAUAAGGGGAGCAUUCAGGGUGUUUGGUGCCAAGGCCUUUAGACAACAACGGAGAAAGUUUGGGUACAGCAAGCAAUCCCAGGGAACUAUCCUGCUGGUAUCGCCUAAAGUUACUGUACUCCCUCUCACAUUUACAAAAGACCUUACAACAUCUGACCUUACAACAUAUUUCCUUGCCUUCUCUUAUUUGAUUUUUACAACAACCCAUUAUGGAGGAUGAGCUGCUUGAUUUUACAGAUGAAAAAACUGAAGCCCAAAGAGUUGACUGAUUUGUAGAGGGUAGUGAUCAAUUUUCUUGGAGGAUCUAAGUCUUUGAUAACUUUCUGGCCAAGCUGAAGGUCACUAUUCAGUGUUGAUCCCUACAACGUGAUCUACAGCAAGUUCAUUAUGGGAAUGGAUUUUUUCAAGUCACUGAAAACUGUAGGAACCAUAAGACCACCAGUACACAUGAGUAUGGAAUUUCCAUAUGUGGAUAUUUUCUGCCCAUCACUCGGAGGGUACAUCUGACUAUAACUUAUGGGCCAUAGCCAUUGGUAAGAGAAAUUAUUUGGUUGGAAGAUGACAAAACCAUUGUCUACAGCAUGGGUCAACAAACAUAUUCUGUAAAGAAAGCCAGAUAGUAAAUAUUUUAGGCUCUGUCACUACUACUCAGCUCUUCUGAUGGAGUGUGAAAGCAGCCACAGACAAUAUGUAAGUUAUGGGCAUGGAUGUGUUCCAAUAAAAUGUUAUUUACAAAAACAAGUGGCAGGCUGGAUUUGGCUCUCAGGCUGUAGCUUUCCAAACCCCAACGUAGAUUCAUUAAGACAUUUCUGCUAUUGGGACCCAAGACUCAAUUCUGAUUGUUUGAUAUAUGAGAUUGAUAGGCACUCCCUAAAUCAGAACAAAUUAAGUGGAUGAAAGCAGCCAUCUAUUGAAAUGAUUAAGAUGUUUUCUCUAAAUGAUUGGCUGGGCCAAUUAAGAUUGAAAAAUUAUUGGCCCAAAGACAAUAAACAUCCAGUCAGUUUUAUUAAACCUUGUUUGAAGAAAAUUCAGGAACUUGAAAGCAAGAAUUUGUUAGCAUUUAUUCAACAUCAUGUGAAUGUGUGUGUGUGUGUGUGAGAGAGAGAGAGAGAGAGAGAGAGAGAAUUCAAACUUUUCAAUAAUUCAUUAAGACCUGCUUUAGUGGGUCUGGAUGGAAUGACUCCAAAGAUAGUCAGCCUCCCAAUUUCCAUCUUGUCAGUCUUCCUUUGUGUGUUCUGUCUUCCCUGGUUUGUUCUUGUAGAGGGGAACCAUCCUGGAUUAUGCUCAUAAAUAUUCACAUAACUGGAAAAAAAUUAAUUCCCGCUCUAAAAAAUAAAAUGAUGUCUGGUUUAUAUAUUGA